CAGUGAAAACAACCAAGGGAAGCAAAGAGGCUGAGAGAGGCCUCGACCAUCAUUGAAUCGAAGUGAAAUAAAACGAAUCGAUUUUCCGAAAUGAGCCUUUCCGGAAAAGCAAAAGACAACAGCAAUCUGCCAUGGGUCGAAAAGUAUCGGCCUGAGCGGUGAGUCCUUGCAACGGCAUGCCGUUUGCUACCAACACCACUCCCGACAAAUAGAAAGAGUAGCGUGAACUACACUGAUCCAAUCUGUUCAUUCAAGUCAUUUAAUUUGAAUUAACCCUUGGGUUGUUGGUAGAUGCGGAAGUACCUGUUCAUACUGAUAUGAAUUCGUAAUUUUUGUGGUUACUAGUGUGAAGCUUGUCCCUUCAAGUUCCUUCCAAUCUAACACACAUAUUCUAAACGCAUUCCACAAAUUAUGCUUAACUGUUAACUGUAUUCGGCUAUUGUUGUGAAUGGAUUCGCAUCAUCAACCCGACUUUUUAAUACCUCCAACCUAUUCCAUUCAGGCUUGAAGACUUGGUGGCGCAUGAAAAGAUUGUGAACAUCAUCACCACAAUGAUCGACAACGACAAUCUUCCGCAUCUGCUCCUCUAUGGACCCCCCGGAACUGGAAAGACCAGCACAAUCGUUGCUGCCGCCAAGCGCAUGUAUGGUGCCUCCAAAUACAGUUCCAUGACGCUAGAAUUAAACGCGAGUGACGCCCGUGGGAUCGGCGUGGUCCGGAACGAAAUCAAAGAGUUCGCUGGCACCCAACAACUCUUCUCCCGGGGAGUCAAGCUCAUCAUUCUAGACGAGGCCGAUGCGAUGACGUCCGACGCACAGUUUGCCCUGCGCCGAGUAAUUGAAAAAUAUACUAAGAAUGCACGGUUUUGUCUCAUUUGCAACUACGUUUCGAAGAUCAUCCCGGCCCUCCAGUCCCGGUGCACACGAUUCCGGUUUGCUCCGCUGGCUCCGAGUCAAAUCCGCGGCCGUCUUGAGGAAGUUGCAAGAGAAGAAAAGGUGCCAAUCACAAAGGACGGUGUUGAAGCUAUAUUGGAUCUUAGCGGUGGGGAUAUGCGACGGGUCCUGAACUUGUUGCAGUCGACGGCCAUGUCCCUGUCGGCAACAAGAAGCAGCGUUGCUGCCACCUCAUCCGACAUGGAAAUCGAUGAUGAGAAUGCGAGUAGAAAUGCCGCCGUCGACGAAAUAGCUGUGUACACCACCAGUGGCUCUCCCCUUCCGAAAGAUAUCGAUGAAAUCCUCGCUUCCCUGCUGAACGAUAGCUUUCGCGACUCGUGCAACAAAAUUUCAGAGAUGUGCACCACCAAUGGAUACGCCCUGGCGGACAUCUUGAAGCAGCUGACACUGAAACUAUGCGCGAUGAAAGGGUUGGAUUCGAUUCCGCUGGGGAGACUGCUAGAUGGAAUGAGUCAAGUGGAAUGCAGAUUGGCAAUGAGCGGGAUUGAAGAGAAAAUACAAACCGCUUCUCUGGUUGGGGUAUUUGUAGAAACGAGAGAACGACUGGAAAUUAAACAAUAAAGAAAAAGCAAAAGUCAAAUAAUUAUUUCAUGAAACU